AUGUACCCACCGAUCAGCCUUCUCACUGCGCUUUCGUUCGCAAUCUCGACAACAUGUGCCCAGUCUUCAAGCGAGGCUGUCACUGUCACACCUUCUCCGGGACGGCCACCAGACUACAUCCAUAACUCCACAGUUAACGACACUCUUGUUUACAGCUGUCCACCAUUGCCUACUGUCUUUCUCAAUGUCACUCAGUAUGUGCCUAUGACGACGACGGCGACCGCUUCCUUCCUCAACACAACUACUCAGUCGAUCACUAUUUAUCGGACAAUAAUCUCUACGAACAUCCUCACCUCGACUGAGAUAGUGGCGGAGACGUCAACUACCGUGUCACCUAGUCCUACCACCGCCACAGCGACCAAGGAAAUAUUUCCAUACACAACUACAUCUAGAGUGACGAGCAUAACAUUAUGCCCAUCUCGAAUCGUCAACCUAACCUUUACUGCCGUCCAACCAUUCCCUACCGACUGGACAUGGGGAUGUCCGCCCGGCUGGCUCUGCAAGCCCGCUCGAGAAAAUUGCAACUUUGAAGUUGGCCUUCCGGAUCGAAACUUCUACUGCACAUCUAUGGAAAUUCGACACCAGCCGGGGACGCUGGCCUCACCCUCAACGCCGUCGACUCUUAUUUCAACAUGGCCCCGGGUGAUUUCGGGCUCCAGAUAUCAAAUCUUCGUCGUCGAUGAAGUCCUCACUCUUACAUCCACGACGAUCAUUGAACCCACACCUACCGUAGGUGCCAGACAAGCUCAAACGAGUAUCCCCGGAGCCUGUUAUCCAUGGUGUAACAACUGUCUCCUGGAAGCCCAAGCCAAUGGGAAAACGUCUGCCCUAUGCGUUCCGGGGUCAGCAUUCGAAGUCUCCCUGGAGCAAUGUGAAGAGUGCAUCACAUAUCACAAGACUGAUGACAGCGGCACAUUCGUGCAAAUCGCACCACAAUUCCAGCAAUUCCUCGAUUACUGUGAUCAGUACUCGACAGUGGCGGUAACCACGUCUGUCACGACUCCGACGAUGAACGCUGCAGGGUCAACUUACAGCGUCGUAUCGUCAACAUUUUCGACGACUGUCGCGCCAAAGAGCUCCACUCCUCUGUCGUCCACAGGGCCACAGAUGUCCGUCACAACCACCGUGGCGACCACCCCGACAUCUCCCACAUCGGUUCCGCCAUCGUCAACACCCUUGUCCGAAUCUCCAUAUACCACGACCGCCACGAUCCCAACGACAAUCUAUUCAGGAACCACCAUCACGGGAUCUGGGUGGUCUCAAGUAACAAUCAUCAUGCCCGUUGCAGCCAAUAGUACCACAACGAUAUACGGCUCUGACCUAACAAACAGCGCGACCCUCGUCCUCCCUGAAUCAGCCGCCACGAGCUCCUUAGUCGCCACUAUGACGGUCACUCCAAUCAGCCAAGCAUCUGCAACGCCAUCCGAAUUCCCGAGCGCCGCACCGACGUCCAAAUUCUCUCCCGGCGAGCCAUACUGGCGAAUGAUGGUGCUAGGACCCAUAGUUCUGUUGAUGCUCGCCCUCUCGCUCUGA